AACAUCCUUAUUUGCGGUGGUAUCCUGUGUGAGAGCGACCAUCAGUGUCCAGGAUUCCAGAAAUGCUGCCCUGCUUGUGGAAGCAAGCUUUGUUCCUAUCCAAUCUUUAAGUGUGGGGACAGUGAAUGUAAACCUGCUAUAAAUGCAUUCCUCCCGUUAACUGAUGUCUUUAUGGAAAGAUCUUCCUUGAAAUGA